CUCUAGAUCCUUUCAUUAACAAUUUUGGUUUUCUUGCUCUUUUACUCAAAGAAGAGGCAGAGAGAGCUGAUUCUUCAUGAUGCAUCCUUGAAUUGAAUUUGUUUUCAUUGCAGUAAGAAGGGGAAAAGGUGGUUGGGAACGGGCUCUGAAGCCAUGCAAGCUGCUAAGGUCUAUCGCCACCUUCUUAAAGCCGUGAAGAAACACAUUGGUAAAGAAGAAUAUAAAAGGCAUUUCAGAGAUUUCAUAACUCAAGUGUUCCCGAAGAGCUCUGCAUUGUCAGAUCCAUUGGCUACUCAACAAAAACUAAACCUUGCCCAUGAUUACACUUUUCUGCUCAACAGUGUGCACCAUCAAAAGGACUUGUUGUUCUCGUACAAUAUUGCAGUGGAUAGAUCAGAUGAAAUGAAAAGACUUCUGGGGAAAUCUGCUGCAAGUGUUGGUCUUAAGAUUCCUGAUGUCUAUCAACCUUGAUGAUUCCUAUGGUUUCAUGGCCAUCAGGUGCUUUUGGUUGAGAAUUGUCUCUCCAAUGGAUGAAAUUUUAAAUUCAUGCGGAGUAAUUAUUUGAAUUUUUUUGUUUUUUUUUUUUUUUGGACAUGUUCAUUUGAUGAUGAGUUAAUGAAAAUUGGUCUAACAGAGUAGAGAAUAAAAUAUGGAUUACACAAGUACUCAUGGAAAGACACAUUCUUGUGUUCA